GCUGAGGGGACGCCAAGAGGCGAGGGAAGUGUUUAGGCGGCGCCGGCGCCAAGAUGGCGUACCAGACCUUCCGCCAGGAAUACCUGCAGGUGCCUCCCGUCACCCGGGCCUACACCACCGCCUGCGUCCUCACCACCGCCGCCGUGGUGAGUAAGGGGAGGAGGGAGGGAGGCUUCGGCCUACCCGCCGGGCCCCUGUCUUCGGAGGGGGCGGGGCGAAGGGCCGAGGCUCAUUAACAUAGCCCCGCCCCCGCCCCGCCCCCAGCAUGAGGUCGCCCAGGCUGGACUGCCUGCAAGCUCCCUUCCUCUCUCUUGGUGCCAGUCCAUGAGCUUAAUCAAUGGCCUGCUUUAAGCUGCUAAUUAAGCCCACAGUUCAUCCCGCUCUUCCUUCUUCUAGAAAUUCAUAAUACCCUUUUUAAUAUCCUCCCAGCCGCCCUGCGAGGUAGGCCAGCUCAUUGAAAGAGAGAAACCUAGGAAGCUGCCUAAUAAUAAUAAUAAUAAUACAAUUUUAUUUAUAUUCCGCCCUCCCCAGCCGAAGCCAGGCUCAGAGCGGCUAACAACAGUGAAGUAAUACAGCAUUCUAAAAUCAAUUCAUUCUAAAAUCAGUUCAAAAUCAAAUUAAUGGCAACCAUUGGGCUAGAGUUCUGUGAGGAUUGCCAAAGGAGGGGGUCAGACUGUGCCUUGGCCAAAGGCCUGGUGGAACAGCUCUGUCUUGCAGGCCCUGCGGAAAGAUGUCAAGUCCCGCAGGGCCCUAGUCUCUUGUGACAGAGCGUUCCACCAGAUUGGAGCCACAGCCGAAAAAGCCCUGGCUCUAGUUGAGGCCAGCCUAACCUCUCUGUGGCCUGGGACCUUCAGGAUGUUUUUGUUUGAAGACCGUAAGUUCCUCUGUGGGACAUACCAGGAGAGGCGGUCCCGUAGGUACGAGGGUCCUAGGCCGUAUAGGGCUUUAAAGAUUAAAACCAGCACCUUAAACCUGAUCCUGUACUCCACCGGGAGCCAGUGCAGCUGGUAUAGCACCGGGUGAAUGUGAUCUCGCAGCGAGGACCCCGUAAGGAGUCUCGCCGCGGCAUUCUGCACCCAGUGGAGUUUCUGGGUCAGUCUCAAGUGCAGCCCCACGUAGAGCGAGUUACAAUAAUCCAGUCUGGAGGUGACCAUUAGAGUGGUACCUCGGGUUAAGUACUUAAUUCGUUCUGGAGGUCUGUACUUAACCUGAAUCUGUUCUUAACCUGAAGCACCACUUUAUCUAAUGGGGCCUCCUGCUGCCGCCGCGCCGCCGGAGCACGAUUUCUGUUCUCAUCCUGAAGCAAAGUUCUUAACCUGAAGCACUAUUUCUGGGUUAGCAGAGUCUGUAACCUGAAGCGUAUGUAACCUGAAGCGUAUGUAACCUGAAGCGUAUGUAACCUGAGGUACCACUGUAUACUGAGUCGGACUAUGGUCCGUCUAGAUCAGCACUGGCUACACUGGCUGGCAGUGGCACUCCCAACGUUUCAGACCCCAACCUUACUUGGAGAUGCCAUCAGGCGCUGGACCUGGUCUCCUUCCCUUGCAAGGUGGGCACUCUAUCACUGAGUUAUGACCCUUCUCCAAAGACUAGCUUUUUCAUUUACGAUCGAGGUGAGAGAACUGUGGCCCUCCGUCAGAUGUUGGAGCAUGGCCAGGGGUUGGGUAUGGUGGGAGUCCCAAUGAGCCGCUGGCUAAUGCCCUGCAAGCCUAUGCUGUUGGGAUUACGGGUUCAAGAUCCACCCACGCUCCUGUAGUAGUGGUACAGCAUCUGCUUUGCCUGCACGGUGGGUGGCAUCUCCAGGAAAGGCUAGGAAAGACUCCUGCCUGAGAUCAUGGAGAGCUGCUGCCAGUCAGAUGACUAAGUUCUUCAGCGACAAAACGUCGGAUUACCGGAACGACGUCUGAGCACUGAACCACUGGUAUAUCACAAGUGGACGCUUUUUUACUGUGUUUGCAAGUGUUUAAGAAAAAAAAUAUUUUGGAAGGAAAAUAUAUGAGCACUGAACCACUGAUAUAUUACAAUUGAACUUUUUAUUUACUGCAUUUGCUAUUGUUUAAGAUAAAACCUCUUUAGGAAAUAAACUACUUUUGCCCUUUUUAUAGACAUUUACUGUUUGUUUACAGAUAGUUGCCUUGGUGAUAUUAUCUUGUGCUGUUUGCAGUAGUCAUCGUAUCACCACCCUGCUUAUUGGUUUAUUGCCAGUUGGCAAUACUAAGCUGGUUAGACCAGUGGCUUGAUUCAGGAUAAGGCAGCUUUCUGUGUCCCCUCCAUCUCUAGGAGCUAGCCUAGUGUAGUGGUUAGGCUUUUGGACAAACAAUAGGAAGCAACUGGGUCCACUGCCCACGAAGCUUUCACUGGGGUGACCUCAAUGCAACUUCAACUUUCACCCUAACCUACCUUCAGGAAUGUUGUGGAAGUUAAAGUUGGCUCAGAAGAACUGUGUACACUGUCUUGAGCUCCUAAGGUAGUUGGGUAGGAGGAAAAUUUAGUGAACCUGAACUUGGGGCCACCUGUAAUCAAAGCACAGGCUCUGUGCUUGAGCUCAACAGUAUUUUCCAAAACCAGAAGAUCAUUGAGAAUUAGCUGCUCCAGUUAGCAGAGGCUCUCAGUGGCCUUUUUCUGGUUCUGCUGUCUUGAGAAUCUUUAAUUGGCUAUGCCAGCAAUUGUUCCUUUGACAUGUGCUCUACCAAUGAAGUACUCCACCCCUUCCAGCAUAUGAGCCUUUCAUUUUUCUAUUUGUUUGGUACUCCCAUUUACCAGUGGCGCCUGGAGUGACACCCAUAGCUAUGAUUAAUAAAGUCCAAUAUUGCCCAAACUGUGGUUAACCCAAACUCUUCUUUGCAAAAGUACCUGGGUUUCUUUUUUUGUUCCUUUUUUGGUAUAUUUUUAUUUACUUUCAAGAAUAAUAUCUAGGCACAGAAUAAUAAAAAUGUCCGCAACGGUACAGGUGUUUGUAAUUUUUAAGUCAGUAACAGCUUUUGCAAAUGUUGGUGAAUUCAAUACAUGAAGUAACAAUAUAACAAAUAACUAUUACACACCCUCUCCCAUAAAAUUGGGACGCUGGCCUGAAUCAACAUGCUCUUCUUAGGUUAAGUGGAAAGAUCUGAGAAUUGGAAUACAAGGCAGAGUUGAUUGACAUACUAGCUCAGCCUUCACAAAACUGGUGACCUCCAAAUGUUUGGAGGGCAGUUCCCAUCAGGCCCAGCCAGCAUGGCUAUAGAUGGUGAGUUGUAGUUCAAUAAUGUCUGAGGGACCCAAGUUGGCAAAAGCUGUAUUGGCACCCGGUGGUUUCAUUUGUAAGUUACCUCACUGAAAUAAUUCUAAGCUCUUUUGCAUUCUCCUUUGUUUCAGCAAUUAGAAUUAAUCACGCCGUUUCAGCUGUACUUCAACCCUGAAUUAAUAUUUAAACACUUUCAAGUAAGUAGAUUUUGCUUUGGGGGUUUUUUUGCACGUCAGUGGCUUUUAAAGGCAGUUGUUAAAGCCGUGUUUCCACAACUGAAAGAUCACUGCCAUUUUCACACUAGUGGAAUGAAGCAGAUGAGCAAACUACCUCUCCAACUGCGAAAUGUUUUGGGGUUGCUGCAGGUGGAAUUUGAGGGUUUGGGUGGGACAGACACAAGUGCUUCUGUGAUGGCUCCAGGCAAUGGUUCCGUGCAUGUUAAUACCAUUGAGCGGUAAUAGAAUGAUUGUCCUCUUUUAAGUGGAAGACUAAAUGCAGUCUGAUUACAUCAUGCUAUGAUGGGAAUGGGAGCCUGUGUUAUGUGGCCUGAUUACAUCAUAUUGUGGUGGAACGGAAGCCACAGCUGGAUCUGCUGUGAUUUUGUUUUCAUCUUGUCUUUAAGACACCAAUAGAGAAAAGAGGGGUUGAAAGGCAGAAGACUCAAAUCUGGUAGAGUAGUUCAGAAGAUUGCCAUUUUAAUGGAUGAGGUUUGGGUCCACCCAUUUAAAUCUUUCAUCUCUGGUCAAUCUCUUUUUGUCCUCUUCUGCAUUCUAAAACCUGGACCCAUUAUGAGAAAACAUCAGAACCAGCCCUAACUCUGUGUUGCCCAGAACUGCCAUUUUAGUGGAAAAGUGACUUCUUUGCUAAUAUUAUUUAACAUUUUAAAAAGUAUUUAGAUCUCCACUUUCACUUUUUAUACAACGUAAGCAUUCUGGGUCCUGUCAAAUUUGAGUUCCAGUCAGAGAGCGGACUCAUGGAAAUUAAUGGAGCUUUCACUUAGUGAUGACGAAAAGGUGCUCUAUGCAAACUCAGGUGUUAAUUAUUUAAUUUCUGUCUGAUUAAAGAAAGGGAAGAAAAUAUGUUUUCAGUGCGAUGUGGACUUAACUCGUGCAUUUAAUUCAUAAGCCAGGGGUCUGAUCUCCCAAGACCCCACUGUUUUCUGGUGGCAGUGGCAAAAAAAUCAAAAAGUAGACAGGGCGCAGGACUGGACAUUGUGCUUUUACUCCUAUCAGAUUGAUUGUGUGGUAAGCAAAGAGUGAAUGAGGCCGUCGGUCUGAAAGGUUAGAUGAUUUAAAGCAAAUUGAGAUUUCUUCUAAUUAAAGCAGGGGUCAGCAACCUUUUUCAGCCGUGGGCCAGUCCACCAUCCCUCAGGCCAUGUGGUGGGCCGGACUAUAUUUUAAUAAUAAUAAUAAUAAAUGAACGAAUUUCUAUGCCCCACAAAUAACCCAGAGAUGCAUUUUAGAGAAAAGCACACAUUCUACUCAUGUAAAAACACCAGGCAGGCCCCACAAACAACCCAGAGAUGCAAUUUAAAUAAAAGGACACAUUCUACUCAUGUAAAAACACGCUGAUUCCCGGACUGUCCGCAGGCCGGAUUGAGAAGGCAGUUGGGCCGAAUCCGGCCCCCGGGCCUUAGGUUGCCUACCCCUGAAUUAAAGCAAUGAGGCAUUUCCUGAGAGCAUACAGGUAACUAACAUCUGCUCCCUCAUCUGUUUUGCAGGUAUGGAGGCUCGUAACGAACUACCUUUUCUUCGGACCAGUUGGAUUUAAUUUUUUAUUUAAUAUGAUAUUUUUGUAUCCUUUGUUUGAAUGGCCUAAAAUUCCUCGGAGCGCAAAAAUAAUUAUCGAAGGUUUGUAAGAGCCUCUCUGGGAAGGCAUCAAUACAAAGUUGGCAGGAGCUGCUUCUCUCAAGUUCAGCCUUUAGCAAUGACCAGUUCAUUCAAGGGCUGCUUGGUCUUUGGCUUAUAGUGGAAAGAUUUGCGCUGGCUUCACAGUUACAUAGCCCACCUUGUAUAGGCUGGUUUUAAAAUAUUUUUUGACACUGAUCCCAGUGCCCCAUCUUUGGGUAUGACUGCCAAGGGAGGAGGCAUUUUGGGUGUUGGCACCCAACUUUUGAACACCCAGUGGAGGCAGGAACAUUGCACUAGGUGAAAAUAUUUCUUCACACUCUACCUCAAGACAUUCCAUGGGAUUAGAGUAGUUACAGUAGUAACUGCAGUAGUUACAGACACAUAAAUUGUAGCUCAUCCGUGAUGUUUUCGUUACUAAUAUUUCUAAUGGUAUGUUUGGUAAGCUGCAUGAGGUGUAUGAAACGAGAGGGAAAGCAAUGUUUUGAAUAAAUAUAUUUGUAGUCCUUCGAAGCGGAUGAACUUUGGUACAGUAGUCCUAUUGCUAAAUAUAAAUAACCACUACAGGGACAGAACCCUGAAAUGAAAAUAUGUUGGCUAUUAUCUGAUUGUGAUCUGCUUGUCACAUACAAAACAGUCCUAUUUACUAAAGCCGUUAAAAGUUUUAAUGCUAGCUAUAUAAAAGACAAUAUUGUAGACUGCACAGGUGAUUCACUAAUUUGACUUACUGUAAAUGGAUGUAUAUCUCUGGAUUUCUUUUAUCAGGUUUUAAUUGACUUGCUGGACCUGUAAUUGAAUUUGUAAUGGCUUUUUAAAAGAUAAAGGGACCCUUGACCAUUAGGUCCAGUCGUGACUGACUCUGGGGUUGUGGCGCUCAUCUCGCUUUAUUGGUCGAGGGAGCUGGCGUACAGCUUCUGGGUCAUGUGGCCAGCAUGACUAAGCCGCUUCUGGCGAACCAGAGCAGCACACGGAAAUGCUGUUUACCUUUCCGCCGGAGCGGUACCUAUUUAUCUACUUGCACUUUGACAUGCUUUCGAACUGCUAGGUUGGCAGGAGCAGGGACCGAGCAACGGGAGCUCACCCUGUCGCGGGGAUUCAAACCGCCGACCUUCUGAUCGGCAAGUCCUAGGCUCUGUGGGUUAACCCACAGCGCCACCCACAUCCCUAUUGGCUUUUAGUCAGACACAAUAAAUGAUUGAUUGACUGACUAAACAUAAAUGCAUAUUCUUUAGAAAGUCCUGUGCUUAGAUGAAGGCCAUGGCUACAAAAACAAACUGUACAAAUUUGGAUAAAGGUCAGGAUUCCUCUGUUGCAAGACUCACAUUGAGAUCAGCUGGUUUUUUACUGAGUUUUGUCACACCUUUAUGUGGGUUUGGGUAUUGUGUUCUUUCUGCAGAAAAGCAACUUGUGAAUUUAUUGGUAAAAGGAAACCUUGUUGGCUGAAAUGCAGCCACUUUGGACAGGAAACUCCCUCUCCCCUCCUUCAUUUUAAUGCUGGUUGCUACUGAGUUCUGGGAAACGUGAGAUGGCCCUUGCCAUAGUAAGUUGGUAGGGUUGCCCUGGCAACCAUAUCACUUGGCUAGAUGAGGAAUGAGGCAGGUUGAAAGACUGAUCCUUGCUAAGAUUCCAUAGAGUUAUCUUCAUUUUAGCAGACGCCCCUGAUGUAUGAGUUAUGGAGCCUAGCCUGUCCAUUUGCUUCACUUCUGUUAAGAAUGUUGGCACAUUUCGUGGCCGCUUGGUAUGAAAUCAGACUGCAUAUGCCCCUCUUUGCUGGCUUCAAAUCCUUUUUUCCCCACCCACCUACCCAAAUCCCGUCUGAUACCCAGAGACUGGUUUCAGGAACUCUUUGAAACUCAAAUGCAGAAUGUAUCCCCCCCCCCAAUUUUUUAUUAAUUUCCCCAAUCUAUAACAAACAUAUCAACAAACAUAAAAAAAUCAGAAAACAAACAAACAUACAUACAUACAUGCUCUGUAAUAAUUCCACUUUUGUUGACAUUGUUGGGUGACUUCAUCAAAUCCCCCUGGCUGAGUUUCCAUAUAUAUCAUUGUUGCAGUUUUCCAAAACUAUUUUCACAUAUAAUUUACUUAGUCCAUUAACAUCUUUCUUUCAUUUCAUUUUAGCUUUUAACAUAGUAUUCUACAGCAUCACAUGUUUUAAUCCUAGGCCUAUCUGAUACUCGCAAGUAAUUCUAUGUAAGUGCAGAAUGUAUUUUUCAUUUCCCUGCAAAGGUAAAAAUGGUAAAUGCCUGCCUGUUAUCGAGUGUUUUUCCUGACCUUAAUAACUUCAGAUACCGCUACUGCCGAAUGCUUGAGGAAGGAUCAUUCCGGGGCCGCACAGCGGACUUUGUAUUUAUGUUCCUUUUUGGUGGACUAUUAAUGACUGUAUCCUUUUUGGUGUUGAGAUAAAGAUACUGUGAGACUGAAAAGAGCUGUAUAAAUCAUUAUAGCAAAGUGGUUCUCCAGUGUUGCAUCAAUCCUUUUAGGGUAGGUUAAGCUGCGUAUGGAUAACAGGCCCAGGUGGACUUUGUGGCUCGAGUGGUGACCAAGACCUGGAGCUCCCUGGUCCCAGUGAAGCGUUCCCCAACAUGGUGCCCUCCAGAUGUUUAGGAUUCCAACAUCCAUCACCCCCAAGCAGCAGGGUCUGUGCUCCUGGAUGGUGGAUGUAGUGUGGUGUAAAUUAGAUUGUUGGACUAUGACUUGGGAGACCAGGAUUCAAAUCCCCACUGAGCCAUGAAGUUCACUGGUGACCUUGGGCCAGUCACCAUUUCUCAGCCUAACCUACCUCACAGGGUUGUUGUGAGGGUGAAAUGGGGAGAACCACAUGCACCACCUCCGAGCUCUUUGGAAGAAAAAGGUGGUAUAUAAAUAAUAACCCAAAAUGUCUAGAGAGCACUAGAUUUCAGAAGGCUGCUCUGUGCAAACACGCUAAUCAGAACGGAAGCAGUAGCUCCAAACCAUGUUUUCCCUGUUGUAUGUUUGGAAGCUCAAACUGUAGUGGGGAUUCUAAACAAUGGCUAGCACAAACCAUAGCUUGGCAUGAUAUUUUAACUUUUUGUUUCGGCUUUUGUGACGGGCAGAAAAGGAAGUUGAUAAAUCUUGUUUAUUCAUCGGCUUAUUGGGGGGGGUAAGGUUUGGAUUUUUUAAAAGAAAGAACUGAACAAGAAGCACAUCCUUCAGUAUUGCACCAUUGGUCUUCCUGCUGUUUGUUUUUAAAUGGUUAUGUUUUCUUGACAUGGGUGCAGCCGCUCUUUCUUUAACCACUCCUCCACCAGCUUUUUGGCUUGUUCGUCAACUUGGUCUUCCUAGGACAGGCGUUUACGAUCAUGUUGGUUUACGUCUGGAGUCGCAGGAACCCUUUCGUCCGCAUGAACUUCUUUGGGCUUCUCAUCUUCCAGGCUCCCUUUCUCCCCUGGGUCCUCAUGGGAUUUUCACUCUUACUGGGAAACUCUAUUAUUGUUGACCUUCUAGGUAAUGAGAUAAUGGUCAUUCAAUCAGUAUUAUUAUUAUUAUUAUUAUUAUUAUUAUUAUUAUUAUUAUUUUAUUAACAACCAUCCCUUCACUCUAAGGUCAUGGAACUUUGGUGAAAGUCUUGCCUUUUUAAAAUAAAUAAAAUGUGUUUAUUGAGUUUCUAGAAACAGCAGCAUACAGGCAAUAAGCCAAGAUUGAGGACUGUGUGGAGCACAUUUAGAAGGUUCUGAAUAUUUCCCCUUGACUUUAGGUAUUGCUGUUGGUCAUAUAUAUUUCUUCUUGGAAGAUGUCUUUCCAAAUCAGCCUGGGGGAGGAAGGCUUUUGAAAACACCAUCAAUUCUGUAAGUGUCUUGUUGUGUAGUGUUGGGUUAUUAUUAUUAUUGGGUGGGGGUGGGGAGAAACUGUCCCAAAACCAGAGCAGACAGGGAAUUCUAAAACUAGGGUGUCACCAGGAGAGAUGGGAUCUGAUUGGCAGAGAUGCCUAGACCUAUCUCUCAUCUUUUAGUAUUGUUGCCUUUGUUUCCGGGACCAUGAAGGCUAAACACCUGUCUUUUGAAAAAGCUGAAAUUCUACCAAAGUCUACCUGACCGCAUACAAGAGCUAGAUGAAACCUCCUACACUGAAGGCAGUAUAUUUCACUGAUAGAGCGGAUGCCUUGCAUGGAGAAAUUCUCAGGCACCAUCCCCUAGCUCAAAGGAUCCGUUAGCAGGUGCUGAGAAAGAUCUGUAUGAAACCCUGGAGAUGUGUUGCCGGUCAGAGUAGACAAUAAUGGGCUAGAUGGACCAGUGGUUUGACUCUGGAUAAGGCAACCACAUAUGUAUCGUAUUUUUCGCUCUAUAAGACGCACCAGACCACAAGACGCACCUAGUUUUUAGAGGAGGAAAACAAGGGAAAAAAUAUUCUGAAUCUCAGAAGCCAGAAUAGCAAGAGGGAUCGCUGCGCAGUGAAAGCAGCAAUCCCUCUUGCUGUUCUGGUUUCUGGAAUAGCUGCGCAGCCUGCAUUCGCUCCAUAAGACGCACACACAUUUCCCCUUACUUUUUAGGAGGGGAAAGUGAGUCUUAUAGAGCAAAAAAUAUGGUAAUUGCAAAGCUCUAGAUGCCAAGGGCUGCUGCCAGGUCAAACUUCAUGCUUUUGAGUGUAAUCUCAAACGGAUGAGAGAAGCCAAGUUGUCACAAUCAUACCACAUCUCCGCAGAAGCAGUGAUCUAGUUCAUAACCAGAGAGGAGAAAAUAAGCUGUACCAACCCAUGUUCUUUUCAAACAAGGGUUUUUAAUUCAUGUUCAAGAAAAUUGCACCGGAUGUGGUGCAUAAUACACAAGACAUACAACAAUCAAGUAGCAGCAGCACAUCAGUGUUAAUUCCAUAAUGAUAUUCCAGUGAAUAACAAUUCAGACAAGCAGAGUGCCAAAGCAGUAUUCCUGAUAUUCUGGCCUAGAAAGGGAUGGCUCUUCUUUUGGACAAAAUUUGACCCACCACACUUGCCAACCGCAGAGUGAAGGGUUCACAUGGGCAGUGGGCCACAGUAGGGUUGGGGGGGGGGGCUGGCUCCUUUCUUAUAAUAGCCCUCAUGGCAAAAGUAGUUGCCAACCAGGUUACAGAGAGCUUUCUGUACUUGAUGACAUGUGAACUUAAAAUUUAUUAUUAUUAUUUUGCUUUAACAGGAAAGCCAUAUUUGAUACACCUGAAGAGGAUCCCAAUUACAACCCUCUGCCUGAAGAACGGCCUGGAGGCUUUGCCUGGGGGGAAGGCCAGCGCUUGGGAGGCUGAACAGAAGUCAGACUGACAGAUGUCCUAGACACAGGGACCUUUCCAGAGACACUGGCCUGGAGAACUUUCCCGGAGAUUUAUUUGCUCUCUUGUGGAUAAAGGAAGUUUCAAUAGCUUUACUAGUCUGAACAAUAUGAUGCACUUUUUUCUUUUUUUAAGGAAGGGGUUGGUGGGAAGGUGCUCUAAUCAAAAGACCUUUUCCAGGAAAUUGACAGUAACUGCAAACCCUCGCCGGGGCUUUAGUUGCAUUCCUGGGUUCAGGUGUGGAUAAUCUACUCCAAGCCAAGACAAACUGGAAGUGGAACAUUCACAACUCAUUUAAUGAGAUCAUCAGUUCUUGUGUAAAAACAAAAUAUAUUUCUAAGGCAUUCUCCAUCCCCAUUUAUUUGAUACAGAGACUGGAGAACUUCAAAAGAUGAUUAAAACUUUUUGACUUUAGUUUUUCAUUUGUGCUUGAUUACAUUUCAAACAACUGAUGUCACUUUGAUUUUUGGCUGUGGCAAAAAAUGCUCCUGAAACAAACCAGCAAAGAGGAGUUGGUUUCUGUCUUCACAGACUUGGGAGGAUCCUAUAGGUAAAGUAACACUCAGAAGCUUUAGUGCUUUACGGAACUUGGCCUGCUGUCAUGCCUGUGAUGUGAGGCUUAUUCCGGGCAGGGAUUGGCAUAUUGAAUAAUUAACAUUGUGUGUACGUAUUGGGUAAAAUGUGGAAUUUGGACCCAGAAGCUGAACACAUUUUGGCUUCAGUUUAUCUUAAAAGAGAACGUUUCUACUUUGUUGUGCUGGUAGUGGGAGGGAAACUUGUAUGCUGUUGCUAUACACAGAUGCUCUGAAGGAAUAGAUAUUUUUCUGCAGGUGAGUGCUGUCCUCAGGGACACAGUUAUUUACAUCUGAAUUUAAGCAGGAUCAGGAUCACAAGCUAGUGCAGAUGCUGAAGUUAUCUUUGACUUAACAGCACAAUUCUAACCAUGUCUGCUCAGAAGAAAAUCCUAUUGAAUUCAGUGGGGCUU